AAGUGCGAUGCUCGCGGUUCCUUAUCGGCGUCGGUUCUGCUUUCGGCUGUUCCAAGCCGUUGUGCAUCAGUCCAGGCUGUUUGUUGCCCAGAAGGGCACCCUGCAUUUUUUAAAGAAUCGACAAUAAGGAGGGCUGCAAUGGGAGCCCUGUUUCGGAGCGAGGAAGUUUGUCUAGUGCAGCUUUUCCUUCAGUCAGGGUCGGCGUACGACUGCGUCAGUGAGCUGGGAGAGUUGGGGCUGGUCGAAUUCAGAGACCUGAACCCAAACGUCAACGCUUUUCAGAGGAAGUUUGUCGGUGAGGUGAGACGAUGCGAGGAGCUGGAGAAAACAUUUUCUUUCCUGGAGCAGGAAAUCCACCGGUCGCUCUCGCCUCACCUGGAGGGACGGCUGUCACCACCCUGUCCUGUUCCCUCGGCGCCCCAACCCAAAGAACUGCUGACCAUAGAGGAGGAGAGUGAGAGACUGUCUAGAGAGUUAAGAGAGGUGUCCCGGAACCGAGACAGUCUCCAGGCCCAGCUGACCCAACUCUGCCAGUACCGGGGGGUUCUGACACAGACACACUCCCUUACUGCCAUGCAGGCUCCACCAUCCAGCCUAGAGUCGUCUGGCAUUUCGGAUAAUAGACAGGAUAUUCGACUGAGUUUUGUUGCUGGUGUUGUCCAUCCAUGGAAAGUCCCAGCCUUCGAGCGGUUGCUGUGGCGGGCUUGCCGUGGUUACAUCAUCGUGGAGUUCCAGGAAAUGAAUGAGAAACUGGAGAUGCCUGAUUCUGGGGAGAUGGUGCAGUGGACAGUUUUCCUCAUCUCUUAUUGGGGAGAUCAGAUUGGUCAGAAAGUUAAGAAAAUCUGUGAUUGCUUCCACACCCAAACCUUUGUGUACCCAGAAAGUAUGACUGAGAGGGAAGAUGCCCUCCGUAGGCUGGGAGACCGGAUUCAUGACAUUAAAGUGGUGCUCUCCCAGACAGAGCAGUACCUUCAGCAGCUGCUGGCACGUGCCGUGGGGGUCCUGCCACAGUGGAAGGUCCAGGUCCAGAAAUGCAAAGCGGUUCAGAUGGUACUCAACCUGUGCAGCCCGUCUGUCACUGACAAGUGUCUGAUCGCGGAGGCCUGGUGCCCCGUCAGCCAGCUGCCAGCCCUGCAGAGCGCCCUCAGGGAAGGCACGAGGAAGAGCGGUAGCGGUGUCGAUUCCUUCUACAACCGGCUGCCGGCCUCCACCUCCCCCCCGACGCUCUUCACCACCAAUUCCUUCACCGCUGGGUUCCAGAACAUCGUCGACGCUUACGGGGUGGCCAUGUACAGGGAGGUCAACCCAGCGGUGUACACCAUCAUUACUUUCCCCUUCCUUUUCGCGGUCAUGUUUGGGGACGUGGGUCACGGGUUGCUGAUGGCUCUCGCCGCACUCUGGAUGGUUCUGGAAGAAAAGGACCCGAAGCUGAGGAACAACACCAAUGAGAUCUGGAGGAUGAUGUUUGGGGGGAGGUACAUGAUCCUUCUGAUGGGUCUCUUCUCCAUCUACACCGGCGCCAUCUACAACGAGUGCUUCAGUCGAGCCCUCAGCCCCUUCGCGUCCGGCUGGCACAUCCAGCCCAUGAUGCAGCACUAUAACUGGAGUAAGAAAACACUGCAACAGAACAAGUAUCUCACCCUGGACCCUAACGUCACUGGAGUCUUCAAGGGUCCUUAUCCCUUUGGCAUUGACCCGAUCUGGGGGAUGGCCAAUAAUCACCUGACGUUCCUCAACUCCUACAAGAUGAAGAUGUCGGUGAUCAUCGGAGUCAUCCACAUGACCUUCGGAGUUUGCCUGUCCUUCUUCAACUACAAGCACUUUGGGAAGAUAAGCAGCAUGUUCUUGGUUCUCAUCCCGGAGCUCACCUUCAUGCUCUGCUUGUUCGGGUACCUCGUCUUCAUGGUGGUAUAUAAGUGGAUCAUCUACGGGCCAAUGAACUCCAAUCGAGCCCCAAGCAUCCUUAUCCACUUCAUAGACAUGUUCCUUUUUUCUGGCAGCAAGGAUAAUCCUGACCUAUACCAGGGACAGCCGAUAGUCCAGAAGGUUCUUGUGAUCUUGGCGCUGAUUUCAGUUCCAGUUUUAUUAUUGGGAAAACCAAUCCAUCUUUACUGCACGCACAAAAAAAAGCAACACAGAACAGAAGACCAGAGGCCAUUAAUAGUAGACAGUAAUUCCGUCAAUAGCAUACAAGGGGACCUGGAAGCAGGAGAACAGGAUGAGGAAGAGGAGUUCGACAUGCCAAAUGUGUUCAUGCACCAGGCCAUCCAUACCAUUGAGUACUGUCUUGGGUGCAUCUCUAAUACUGCCUCUUAUCUGAGGCUGUGGGCCCUCAGCCUCGCACAUGCGCAGCUCUCGGAGGUGCUGUGGUCGAUGGUGAUGCAUAUGUCUUUUUCCUCAAAGAGUUACGUGGGCUCUGUGACCAUGGCUGUGAUUUUCGCUUUUUUCGCCGUGUUAACGGUCUCCAUCCUGUUGGUCAUGGAGGGGCUCUCAGCCUUUUUGCACGCCCUUCGUUUGCACUGGGUGGAAUUUCAGAACAAGUUCUACAGUGGAACAGGCUAUAAGCUCAGUCCUUUUGAUUUUACAUCCAUUAUUAAUGCUUCUUUACCAAAUUAAUGAUUAUCAAUUUAAAUUCAGUAGUUUUUUUUUAAUUUAUGGAUUAUGUGCCACCUUCAACCAAAUUUAACAUUUUUUUCCCGUUGUAAAAUGAACUUUUGUACUCUGUGCAAAUGGUAUAACAAGAAUAUAGUACUUUGAUUAUUUUAAUUAUUUUCAAUUAUUUUACGGAAGUAUUUGCUAAGAUAGAGCUAUGCAGUCCUAGACAUCUAGGUCAUAGUUCUGUGGGUUUUAAAGUUUCCUGUCAAUUAUCUACUGAAUUGUCAACAACUGAAACAUCACAAAGUAAUAAACUAACACAACCAUUAAGCAACCAAGAGGAGACACAACUCUGUACAUCUUGGACCUAUCAGGGAGUUGACAUUGCUUCUGGAAGACCUGUAUUUGCAUUGUACAGUUUACAUAUUUGAGUGGAAUUGACAUUAAACAUACUAAUACCACA